AUUCGUCGCUCUCACUGACACUGGGCCAUACAUCCGCCGACUGCCUACAGAACCCCUGCUCGCCGCUCCCUAUCCUAUCCCAGCACUCACCGCUGCUCUUUUCAUCGCCCUCGCCGAGCCUUCUGCACGCACUCUAUAGCAUGGCGCUCGGCAGACUCUUUCACUAUGCGGUAGACGCGGUCCUAUUGUCGACUGUUGUAGCAGGGGUCAGGCGAUCAGCGGGAUUCAGACCUGAUACAGAGAGCCUGCUGCCCGAUCCUACUAUGCGCUCGAUAGCGGACCGUUACUUCGGUGUCGGCGAGACGAUCUUCGAUAUGAUACAGGGGACAGCAGUCAACAGCCAAUACUUCAAGAAGGAUAGCAGGAGAUGAUUAUGGCUGGGCUCGAGAGCAUGUGGACCUUGGAUUAUGGGUGUAGCUGGGUGUAAGCUAUCGCUUUUGUACUAUAUCGUUGGUGUGAGAUCAACGAACCUCUAUUUAUUGACUCAGACCUU